AUGGCACAAAGCCGGAUAUUAGAUCUGGUCAAGUCCCAGUGUCGCAUCUUCUCCCUCAAUUUUAACCCGCAACGACUUCGACUUGGGAAUAAAAUCCUGAGGCAACGCUUGCGUGGACCGGCUCUUUCAGCAUGGUAUCCUCGCAAGACUGUCUCAUUUCGAGAUUUGCAGAACACUUAUAAGCCUCUUGGGUUGACCACCUUUGAUGAGUAUGAAGAUGAUCGAGAAGAAGCUAUUCAAGUGUCAUUACGAGGAAAGGGUCGACCAAAAAAGAAACGAAGUGCUGCAGGUAAUGUUAUCCUUAACAAUCCCCCCUAUAGAUAUAUUCAUAUGCAACCAACCACCAACUGA